GUACGGCGUCAAUCGGAAUCGGCCAUUCAUCCCUAGUCCACCCACAUUGAUGAUUGAUGAUACUUUGUUUGUUUAUAAUUCAUUCUGAAUACAGACUAUUAUUUAUGUCGGCGUGGGAUUAAUUUAAAUUGAGUUGCUGUUGUGUUUACUGGAACUAGCAACAUGGACAAAAAAGAAAAGCAUGAAGAUAGUAGCUGCAAUAAAUUUCAAGAAGAAAUGAGUGUUUUAGAGGAUAAUGUCAAGAAACUCUACGAAUUCAGGGAUCACUAUUUUGAGCAUCACACCAUUGAAGAAGCCGCUCUGAAGGAUCAACGAGUCCAGGAUAAGUUACAAGAGACUAUUAGGUGCUUCCAAAACUUUGACUGUAAGUUUAUUUUUUAACAUCUACUUUUAAUCUGUAUGAUUGUGUACGAGUAUCUCUGAAG